AUGGCGCGGAAAGACUCGUUCCAGCCCGGGUACAACUGGGAGUACGAGGAACAGGACGAGUGGGAGGACGACGUCACCGCAGAGUACACUGAGGGGCCGGAAGUAGACUGGAUGCCUCCACGACUGUACCACAUGACACAGCACGCAUCGCCGCUUCCACACAUGGCCGACCACCACGCUGCUGUCGCGGCCAAGAUGCCGCCCACUUUAAGAACAACCGAGACGUCCAUCUGCCACUCGUCACAGCCCCCGACAUCGCCACCGACGCCGCCCCCGCCAUAUGGGGUGGAGACAUCACCACAGGCGGAGGAAGCCACGCCCUUUCCAGCCCCUGUGGUGCCAACCGAGACCGCAGAGACCAACGACACAGAGCGGCACAGCAAAGGGGGCGGAUAUGUGAACUGGGCGGAGCUGAUGCGCUCCACCGUUACACCGCCUCCACUGCCACCAGUAAUACCGACGCCGCCCCCGCCACAUAGGGUGGGGACCUCGCCGCAGACAGGUGAUGCCAUGCCCGUCCAGCCCCUAUGCGCGGCCGAGGGCGCGAAGAGCACGGACAGCACGGACAAGGACUUUAAACGGGAACAGGGGCUGUCCCCGUGCCGGGGCAACCUCAUGGACAGCCGAAUGCCGUCACAACCACCACAGCCCCGAAGCCGGUUAUGUCGGUGGCCGUACCAGCCGCCGCGUCGACAUGCCGUCGGCGGGGUGGGCAACCGGAGCGGCAGCGCGGGCAUCCCGCCAGCAGUUCCCGUGCAGGGGCAACUGGAUGCCGCCAGGACCCCGAGGCCGGACCAGCCGCCUCGUCGACAUGCUGUCGGCGAGGUGGGCCACCGGAGCAUCAGCCCAGGCAUCCCGCCAGCAGUCCCCGUGCGGGGGCAACUGGAUGCCGCCAGGACCACAGUGGCCCCGACGGAGGUUUUUCCGGGGCCAGACCAGCCGCCUCAUCGACCUGUCAUCGACGAGGUGGACCACCGGAACGUCAACACAUCGGCGCGAGAGCGAGCCGCGGACCCCGCCGCAAGUUCUUCACGCCUGGACGGCCAGGCAGCCAGGGGCGGUGGGGGAUGGACGACUGCACAGCUGGGGCAGAUCAACAUCACAGACGCUCUGGCAGGACUGGGGGACGCUACUAUCUUCAUGACACUUGACUUGAAAUCGGGCUACUGGCAGGUGCCAGGCAACCUGGUCGACCUGAGUGAACCAGUGGUGACGUUGCCGGAGCCGAUCCAGAGACGUGAACGGAGGUACGUCCACCCCUGGGAAUGGCACCACCGACGCCGCCGCCCCCAGCCGCUGAAGGAGUAA